AUGGAAGAUGCUGUCCGCACUGGCAGCGUUCCUCACGUCAACACCAACGAGGCCAUCGACAUUGCGAAGAACGGUGGCUGGGAAGUCGACGCCCUCAUGACAGAGAUGCAGAAUGAAAUCGACUCUCAAGGUGGAGAUGGCUACGGCCAUUUCGAUCUCCAAUUCAAGAACCCCAAGCAUUUCACCUGGCUCAUCGUGGCAUUUGCUUCCAUGGGUGGUAUGCUUUCUGGUCUCGAUCAAUCGCUUAUUUCUGGUGCCAACCUUUUCCUUCCCAAGGAUCUUGGUCUCAAUGAUCGCCAGAACAGUCUGGUCAACUCCUCUAUGUCUCUCGGAGCUGUCGGUGGUGCCUUCCUUCUUUCUCCUGCUAACGAAUACCUUGGACGUCGCUGGGCUAUCAUCUUCUCUUGUCUUCUCUACACCGUCGGUGGUGCUCUCGAAGCUGCCGCCCAGGACUACGGUAUGAUCAUUGCUGCGCGGCUGAUCCUUGGCCUGGGUGUCGGACUUGAGGGAGGAACUGUGCCCGUGUACGUAGCAGAGACUGUCGAGAGAAGACUCCGCGGUAACAUGGUCUCUCUUUACCAGUUUGCCAUUGCCUUCGGUGAAGUUCUUGGCUAUGCGGUUGCUGCCAUGUUCAUCACUGUUCCUGGCAACUGGAGAUACAUCCUUGGCAGCUCGUUGCUCUUCUCUACUAUCAUGGGUAUUGGUAUGCUUUAUAUGCCCGAGUCGCCUCGCUACCUCAUGCACAAAGGAAAGCCCGUGGAAGCCUUCAAGGUCUGGAAACGCAUUCGCGGUAUCGAGUCCCUGGACUCUCGUGAGGAGUUCUAUGUCAUGAAGAUGUCUCAAGAGCAGGAAGAUGAAGAAAUCGCCAAUGGUCGUGGAAACUCAAAAUACCCCUGGUUGGAUCUUCUCACAGAGCCUCGCGCACGUCGCGCCUUUGUCUAUGCCAACAUGAUGAUUAUGCUCGGACAGAUGACCGGAAUCAACGCAAUCACAUACUUCAUGAGUACCCUGAUGGAGCGUCUUGGAUUCGACAAAUACCAGGCCAACUACAUGUCCCUCGUUGGUGGUGGUUCGCUUCUGAUCGGCACCAUCCCUGCCGUUUUGUACAUGGAGAAAUGCGGUCGUCGCUUCUGGGCUUGCGCAACACUUCCCGUCUUCUUUGUUGGUUUGAUCAUCGCUGGUGUAUCUCAGUACUGUGGCGGCCAAAAUGCCCAAAUGGGUGUCUACCUCACCGGUCUCGUCAUUUACGAGAUCUUCUUCGGAACCUACGCCUGUUUGACCUGGGUCAUUCCCGCUGAAUCUUAUCCCACUUAUCUGAGAUCAUACGGAAUGACUACUUCGGAUGCCUUGCUGUUCCUUUUCUCAUUCAUCGUGACCUACAACUUCACCGCGAUGCAAAACGCCUUUACAAACAUUGGUCUUACUGCUGGAUUCUACGGAGGAAUCGCCUUCGUCGGAUGGUUCUACCAACUUUUCUUUAUGCCCGAGACAAAGGAUAAGACACUCGAGGAGAUCGACCUUAUCUUCUCUCAGCCCACCAGCAAGCUUGUGGCCCAAAACUGGAAGAACAUCAAGGAAACCACCAACGAUCUGCUCCGUUUCAGAUUCAAGAAGGUCUUCAUCGAUGCACACAAGAUGCCCGCAGUCGACUUCAGCCAAGGCAAGCAAGACCUUGGUCAUCAGGCAUAA